CCAACACAAACUGCCCUCCCCCACAAUCCACAUUUUCUCACGAUCCAUAUACUAAAAUACUGAGUUCCUGGAUCUGUAAUCGUAGCAGUAGUGUUGGUACUGGUGGGGUCUUCUGCGUCAGCCCAGGUGAGCACCAUUGACUUCCCUGACAAGGGCAGUCAAAUACAAGCAGCUGCCGAGGGACAACCAUGACGCGGUUUCAACUUUCAUGGCUGUUUAUCGUGAAUGACCCAUUACGCUUAAACAUUCAAUACAGCUGUGAUCCUCAACACAAUCUCUCUCUCUCUCUCUCUCUCUCUCUCUCUCUCUCUCUCUCUCACGCAAGCGCUCGGAGAAGUGAGGGAACACUUGGUUUUGUUAGAUGCAUUCAGAGACUGAAUAAACUUGCUUUCUUCCUUCAACUAACAGUCAAUACACUUUCCAGAUCCUAAACCACUUCGACCCAGAUUCAGAAAUAUCCUCAAGAAUGUAUUUUUGUUUGAUAUCUGAGCAGCUCUAUUAUCUUCCGUGAAGCUUCCAAGAGCAUAUUUCUUGAUCUGUAGAAGUUAGAUACAUAUUUUUUUUUGCGCGGGUCUAAAUCUGGAAAUAUAACUUUUUGAAAAAAAAGGGGUUGGAGAAUUCCCGAAAUGGAAAGUUCAAUAAACAGAAGAGUGGAGAAGAGAGGGUUUACACAGAGUGUGGAAGAUGAAGAUGGCAACAUGCCGCCGCCGAAGAAGCCCAAAUUGCCUGCUCUAGCUGGUGUAAUUAUGGAAGCUUUGAAGUUAGAUAGCAUGCAAAGACUUUGCUCAUCUCUGGAGCCUCUUCUCCGUAGAAUUGUGAGUGAGGAAGUGGAGCGUGCUUUAACAAAGUUAGGCCAUGCGAAGAUAGCUGAAAGAUCUUCAGCACCAAGAAUAGAAGGCCCAGGAGGAAAGAAUUUGCAGCUUCUGUUCAGAACAAGAAUGCCGCCUCACCUGUUUACUGGUGGAAAGGUUGAGGGAGAACAGGGAGCAGCUAUCCGUGUUGUCUUGCAAGACCUGAACACAGACACUAUUGUGCAAACUGGACCAGAAUCAACUGCCAAACUGAAUGUUGUGGUGCUUGAGGGUGACUUCAAUGAGGAUGGUGAUGACGAUUGGACCAGUGAGCACUUCCAAAGCCAGGAGGUAAAGGAGCGUGAGGGGAAAAGACCACUUUUGACUGGGGAUUUACAGAUGAUCCUCAAAGAUGGGGUAGGGACUCUUGGAGAUCUCACUUUCACUGAUAAUUCUAGCUGGAUAAGGAGCAGAAAGUUUAGACUUGGUGUGAAGGUUGCUCCUGGAUACUGUGAGGGAAUUCGCGUCCGUGAGGCUAAAACAGAGGCUUUUGCAGUUAAGGAUCAUAGGGGAGAAUUAUACAAGAAACAUUACCCACCUGCUUUGCGUGAUGAUGUUUGGAGACUCGAUAGAAUAGCAAAGGAUGGAGCGCUACAUAAAAAAUUGCUAACGGCUGAAAUUGUUACUGUUGAAGAUUUCCUCCGGUGCCUUGUUAGAGAUCCACAGAGAUUAAGAAAUAUCCUUGGGAGUGGAAUGUCCAAUAGGAUGUGGGAGAAUACAGUGGAGCAUGCCAAGACGUGUGUUUUGGGUGGGAAGCUCUAUGUUUAUUUUGCAGAUGACACUCAUAGCACUGGUGCUGUCUUUAACCAUAUCUAUGAGCUUAGGGGCCUUAUUGCUGAUGGGCAGUUUUUCCCUCUGGAAUCACUUACCCACAAUCAAAAGAUUUCUGUGGAUUCUCUCGUGAAGAGAGCAUAUGAGAACUGGGGUCAAGUUGUAGAAUAUGGUGGCAAUGCCUUGAACCCGGGGACUAGUAGUAUAAAUGGAACAAGAUCAUCAGCCAACAACCACCAUGUGGUUGAUCACUAUUUUACAACAGCUCAGUGCAGGCCGCAGCAGUAUAUUGCUUCUGACCCGACGCUGCAAUGCCAAAAUGAUGAUAGCCAGCAGUCAAUUCCUCAUCUGAUUGAAUUCCCAUUUGUAAGACAUGAUCCAAUGAAUGGUUUAUCAUUGACUGAUCACCAUGGAAUGGUGCCAGGCAGCACGGACUACCGGCCAGUUGAAGCAUCUACUGAUGGGGAUUCUUAUAUUUCAGCAGGAGAUUAUUCCCAACCAAGGGGUGGACAGGGAUUAGAGGAUUUCUACUCUGAAGAAAUCAGGCUGAGGAGUUCACAGAUGUUGGAUAGCGAUGAUAUGCAGAGGCUACUAAUGACUGUUGGUAUGGGUGUUGGUGUUGGAAUGGGGCAUGCUUUUGGUCAUUCUAAUGACGCUUCUUACUGUUAUGAUGUUCCAUAUGAGCCUCAGAUGGAUGGGAUGGCGGUGCAAGACCGUGGCCGGAGCUCAGGAAAGGCUGUUGUGGGGUGGCUCAAGCUGAAAGCUGCACUGAGAUGGGGGAUAUUUAUAAGGAAGAAAGCUGCAGAGCGGAGAGCUCAGCUUGUUGAGCUUGACUAAAGUCAGUUUAUGUAUAUUUAUAUUUACAAGGAACAUUGCUUGGGUCUAUUUUAGAAGAUUUCCUGAUUUGGUGCCUCCAAAUUUUCAGCUUUGCUUAAAUUUAACUGCAGUUAAGUUGGUGAUAUCCCUUUCUUUAAUUCCUAUCUUUUUGUUGUUGGCAGAAGGGGAAAAUAUUAACGAGGGGAAAAAAUGAAGGGUGUCUAGGUUAAGUUUUUGGAUACAAUUUAUUUUAUCUGAAGAUUGUGGAUACAAAUGAAAGUGUGAUUAGUCAUUUGUAUAAAAAUAUUUUUAGUAUUGUAUCAAA